UUGACUUGACGCGCACGGUGUGCGUCCAGUCGAGGCUGCGGGAUCUUCUAGUCAAUGGAUGGAGUCUGAGUGGUCAUGAAUGGAAGUCACACUCACCUCUUUUCAACACACAAGUUGAGUUCACUUGCAGGAAUAUUUUAUUUUUCUCCAUCCCAGGACCACAGACGACAUGGAAAACCACUUUCAGACAGGCUAAGACGCUGAGCUAACCGUGCCAUGCCGGGAGACGCCAGUCAGGAUGCCAUGAAGACGCCAGCGAGCGCGGAGAAGCCUGGCGCGGCGCCGCCUGCGACGACGGUCAGCAUCCCGCUGGUCAACGAGGUGCAGCUGGCGGCGGCCACGGGCGGCGCCGAGCUGUCCUGCUACCGCUGCACCGUCCCCUUCGGCGUGGUGGUGCUGAUCGCCGGCGUGGUGGUGACGGCGGUGGCGUAUGGCUUCAACUCGCACGGCUCCACCAUCUCCUACCUGGGACUGGUGCUGCUCUCGGCCGGACUGGCGCUGCUGGCGGCCAGCGCCGUGUGCUGGAGGGUGCGGCUGGAGAGGAGGAAGGAGCGCCGGCGGGAGAGCCAAACCACGCUGGUGAGCAACCAGAGGAACAUUUUCACAUGACCUCGGACGCCGCCAACACUUUGUGGAAGACGCUUUACUCCUGGACUGCUGGAGAGCGUGCAGGACGUCUCACGGGGACGGAAUAUUGCAACAGCCGCUUUCACGCUGCCAGGAACUGGGCAGAAAAGUUUCUGGAAUAAACACAUUAAUCAUGUUAUCAUCACUACUUCAUCACAUAUACCUCGGAGAUGCAUCCUACACUAAAACAUGAAUAAUAAACAAUGGUCGUCUGCACUACAAUUUAGUUUUCCUAGGUUGAAAUCUUCUAGCUGACACUUUAAAACACUGAGGGCCACAGACUGAAGGAUGCGGGGGGGCUUUUUUCUAUGUUUUACUUUCCUAACUAGUACAGUAUUAAUAUUAUAUCCUAUAUUUUAAUGGGCUAGAAAAUGUCAUUUCUGUAGAAACUGUGACUGCUGACAAGCUAAAGCCAAACUGACAUGCUAACACACUCGCCGUGCUAACAAAACAGACCAUAUUUCCUUGAAUUGCCACCGGGGCGCUAAUUAAUUUAAAACCUCUUCUCACUCCUGCGCUUACCAAAGGCAUGCGGUAAAAGUAAGCAUGCGCUAAUUAUUUUAAAACCUCUUCUCACUCCAGCACUUACCAAAGGUAUGCAGUAAAAAUUUUAGUGUGAUGUAUGCUUGGACCAUAAAUCCUACUGAAUAGCUCUUAAUCUUCUUCCCUUUGUGCGAUUUCAAAUUACCGGUAUUGAAAUCAGCCUCCUCCAUUUUAAAAAUGACGACAGGAGAAGUGUCACUCGUGACGUCACGAGUUUGACCAGGCGGUAAUACUAAGCAUGCGCUAAUUAAUUUGGGAAGCGAGUUUGACCCGGCAGUAAUUCAAGGCAGGCGCAUACUAUACCCUGUGGCAAUUCAGGGAAAUACGGUAAUACUCAUAGGUGUAUACUAGCAAAUGUAGCUAAAAAAGCUAGCAUGCGACCAGCAAGGUGCUAACACACAACCAAUAGCGUACUUACUGCGCAUUAGUAAAGUAUAUAUAUGACUCUGUUAAAUCGACAUAAAAAUCUAGUAUGGUCAUUUUAGCAUGCUAAAAUGCUAACUUCCAAAUGAGUAUAUCUGUAAAAUGAGUUCAAAAUAACAGCAUGCUAAUAUUAGCAUGCAUUAAGUACCAAAAUAUAUUACUAUGAGGUGUAUACCUGCUUAAUCGACCCCAAAAAAGCUAGCCUACUAACAGUAAGAUGCUAACAUACCACCAAUAGCAUGCUUACUGUGCAUUAGUAAUGUAUUUAUGACUCGGCUAAAUCGACAUAAAAAGUUAACAUGGUAAUUUUAGCAUGCUAAAAUGCUAACUUCAACACGGGUUUAUCUGCAAAAUGAGUUCAAAAUGCUAGCAUGCCAACGUCAACAUGCAUUAAGUACCAAAAGAUAUUACUAAGAGGUGUAUACCUGCUUAAUUGACCCAACAAAAAGCUAGCCUUCUAACAGUAAGAUGCUAACAUACCAACAAUAGUAUGCUUUACUGCGCAUUAGCAAAGUAUUUAUGACUCGGCUAAAUCGACGUAAAAAGUUAACAUGGUCAUUUUAGCAUGCUAAAAUGCUAACUUCAACAUGAGUAUAUCUGCAAAAUGAGUUCAAAAUGCUAGCAUGCUAACAUUAGCAUGCAUAAAGUACCAAAAUAUAUUACUAUGAGGUGUACACCUGCUUAACUGACCCCACAAAAAGCUAGCCUACUAACAGUAAGAUGCUAACAUACCAACAAUAGCAUGCUUACUGCGCAUUAGUAAACUACCAAAAUAUAUGACUCUGCUAAAUGUUAGCAUGCUAACAGUAAGGUGCUAACAUACAAACAAUAGCAUGCUUACUGUGCAUUAGUAGAGUACCAACAUAUUUGAGUCUGCUAAAUCGACACAAAAAGCUUAAAAAGUUAAAAUACUAGCAUGCUAACAUUAGCAUGCAUUAACUGCUAAACUAUAUUACUAUGUACACACAAAAGCUAGCCUGCUUAGAGUAAGAUGCUAACUUAACAACAAUAGCAUGCUUAGGGCGCAUUAGUAGAGUACCAACAUAUAUGACUCUGCUAAAUCGACAUAAAAAUGUAGUAUGCUAAUUUUGGCAUGCUAAAAUGCUAACUUCAACAUGAGUAUAUCUGCGAAAUGCUAGCGUGCUAACAUUAGCAUGCAUUAAGUACCAAAAUAUAUUACUAUGAGUUGUAUGCCUGUUAAUUGACAAACUAAACAAAAAAACAUACAUACCAACAAUAGCAUGCUUACUGAGCAUUAGUAAACGACCAAAAUAUAUGCUAAACUGACCCCCAAAAAAGCUAGCAUGCUAAUGUUAGCAUGGUAAAAUGCCAGCAUAGAUUACCAAAAUAUAUGACUCAAAGACAUAUAUCUGCAAAAUUAGUUAAUACUGCUGGCAUGCUAACAUUAGCAUGCAUAGAGUAUCAACAUAUAUGACUGUGGAGUGUAUACCUGCUAAAUUGACAAAACAAAACUAAUGUGCAAACAAUAAGGUGCUAACAUACCAACAAUAGCAUGCUUUCUGUGCAUUGGUGAAGUACCAAAAUAUAUGACUCUGGAGUGUAUACCUGCUAAAUUGACAAAAAAACUAGGAUGCUAAUGUUAGCAAGCUAAAAUGCUAACUUCAGCAUGUGUCAAGCACCUAAAUAUAUGACUCAAAAAUGUAUAUUGGCAAAAUUAGUUAAUACUGCUAGCAUGCUAACGUUAGCAUGCAUCAAGUAGUAAAAUAUAUGACUCUGGGAUGUAUACCUGCUAUAUUGACAAAAAAAAGCUAGCAUGCAGUCAGGUGCUAACAUACCAACUCUAUCUGUAAAAUCAGUUACAAAUGCUAGCGUGCUUAUUUUGGCGUGGUUGAAGCACCAAAAUAUAUAACUCUGUGGUGUACACCUGCAAAAUUAGCUAAAAAAAAAUGUUAACAUUUGUCCCCAAAAAUUAUAUUUGACAAUGAGGUUUAUGACUGCAAAAGUAACAUUAGCAUGCUAACUAAUAUGCUACAGGCCGCAAAUGGCCCUUGAGGCUGCACUUUGGACCAUAGCAGAUUUUCAUCAAUUCAUUUGUCUGUAGCUGUGACACUACCUGUUUGCACUCGCUCAUAAACACAUUAUAUUGGGACUGUCUGAAUUAAACACAUUAUAAUGGGA